AUGACUCUUGUCUGUUCCUAUAGCAGCGGACUUUCUUCCCUCGCUCGAGGCCGAGCCGCGAUCGGCUCUAAGCUCCAUCAUAGUAGCCAUAGCCACGUGGCGACUCAAUGCCACGUGGCUCGAUUAUCCAUCACUGCCAGCUCCUCUGCCAGCUCAGCAGCGACCGUGUCCACGUCUGCCACGUCAGCAGCCCCCGUGGCGCUAGACCCGUCGUACGGGAGUAAGGAGGUGAUUAAAGUCGACACGCGCGUAUACCAAUACAUCCUGGAGCACACCCGAGAACCCGAGAUUCUUGCCGAGCUGAGGAGGGAAACUGCAACCAUGAUAGGCAAGGAGAUGCAGGUGUCUCCAGAGCAGGGAGCGUUCUUGGCCAUGCUGGUGUCCCCGGAGCAGAGAGCAUUCCUGGCAAUGCUGGUGCGGCUCACGGGAGCCAGGCGCUGCAUUCACCAUUCACACACCCUUACUUGCUUGCCUGCCAUGCCAUGCCACCACUCCACUCCCCUGCAGGUGUCCCCAGAGCAGGGAGCAUUCCUGGCCAUGCUGGUGCGGCUCAUGGGGGCCAGGCGCUGCAUUCACCAUUCACACACCCUUACUUGCUUGCCUGCCAUGCCAUGCCACCACUCCACUCCCCUGCAGGUGUCCCCAGAGCAGGGAGCAUUCCUGGCCAUGCUGGUGCGGCUCAUGGGGGCCAGGCGCUGCAUUCACCAUUCACACACCCUUACUUGCUUGCCUGCCAUGCCAUGCCACCACUCCACUCCCCUGCAGGUGUCCCCAGAGCAGGGAGCAUUCCUGGCCAUGCUGGUGCGGCUCAUGGGGGCCAGGCGCUGCAUUCACCAUUCACACACCCUUACUUGCUUGCCUGCCAUGCCAUGCCACCACUCCACUCCCCUGCAGGUGUCCCCAGAGCAGGGAGCAUUCUUGGCCAUGCUGGUGCGGCUCAUGGGGGCCAGGCGCUGCAUUGAGCUGGGCGUGUACACGCCCUUCUUGCGCCACACCUGUUUGCCCAUCGUCCUCCCAACCCAAGGGCCACUCUCCUCCCUCUCGGUGACUUGGACACUUUCUCCUCACGGUCUGCUGGUGGCGUGUGAGCGGGUGCCUCACACGUUUGUCUCAUUCCCUCUGUGCCGCACACGCUCGCCCAGACCUCUUGUGUCUCUCGCCCAUCCCCCUUGUGUCGCUCGCCCAUCCCCCUUCUGUCGCUCGCCCAUCCCCCUUGUGUCUCGUCGCUCGCCCAUCCCCCUUGUGUCGCUCGCCCAUCCCCCUUGUGUCGCUCGCCCAUCCCCCUUGUGUCGCUCGCCCAUCCCCCUGGUGUGGCACGCCCAUCCCCCUUGUGUCGCUCGCCCAUCCCCCUGGUGUCGCUCGCCCAUCCCCCUUGUGUCUCGUCGCUCGCCCAUCCCCCUUGUGUCUCGUCGCUCGCCCAUCCCCCUUGUGUCUCGUCGCUCGCCCAUCCCCCUGGUGUCUCUUGCCCAUCCCCCUGGUGUGGCACGCCAGGGCUACUCGUCCCUCUCGGUCGCGCUGGCAUUACCUUCCGACGGCCUGCUGGUGGCGUGUGAGCGGGUGCCUCACACGUUUGCAGUGGCGCAGCGAUUCUACGAGAAGGCUGGUAGCCCCCCGGCUUUGCCUGGCACAGGAGGACACGCCGCAGCAGCUGCAGCGCCAUCUCCCUCUCUUUUCCCUCCUCCUGCUUCUGCAUGCCCCUUGCCAUUUCGCCUCCCACACCCACGCCACCAGGUAGACGCACGGCUGGGCCUGGCGCAGGACACGCUGCAGCAGCUGCUGGAGGAAGGGCAGGCAGGCAGGCCCGGCACAGGACACGCGGUUAGGCCCGGCACAGGACACGCGGUUAGGCCCGGCACGCGGUUAGGCCCGGCACAGGACACGCUGCAGCAGCUUGAGGAAGGGCAGGGGGGCAGCUUUGACGUUGUGUUUCUAGAUGCGUCUCCUAGUGUUUCUCCUCCGCACCCAUCAUUCACGCCCACUCCUCCCUUCCCUCUCUCCUCGGCUCAUUGCAGCUUUGACUUUGCGUUCCUGGACGCGGACAAGCGCAUGUACCGAGACUACUACGAGCUGCUUCUCACCCUUCUGAGGCCAGGGGGUCUCCUGGUGGUUGACAACGUGCUGUGGCAUGGUCAGCUGGCUGAUCCUCAGUGUAACCAUUUCAGCAGUAACCGCACUCCUGUUUUCGCCAUGGGAAUCGCCGCGGUGGGGUCGAUUGCCGCUACAAGACCGUCCCUUGUCCUGCGAUGCCGCAAUGCGAGUAGUAUACCCGUUAAAAGGCCGUCGCAAUCUCUUCUCAUUCAACUGCCCACGUGGCGAUCAUUAGCCUCUCCGCGACCCGAGACAUUCGAUCCGCCCAACGGACCGCGCAGCCUCUCAGCCAGCCGCGCCCGCCACGAGUUUCGCGACUCACGAUUAAGGCUCUUCAAGUUAUCACUUACUCCCAACUUACCUCUCUCCCGAUUGUCCAAUCCAAUGCUAAGUAGACUGGUUGCUUCGUCAGGGGUUAUGAGUCUCGCGGCGACUGUGCCGUCCACGCAAGAGGCAGAGGUGAGAGCGGAGGCGGUAACCUGUGGAGAAAAAGAGGGAGCUACCGCGGGCGGCGCUGACGGGGAAGACGGAAGUUUCGCGGCGAGGAGAGAAAGGAGUGAGAAAGAGGAGAUUGAGGAGAGGGGAAGUGUGGAAGGGACAGUGACAAUGGCGGCGUAUGAUGGACGGGAAGGAGGGGAAGUUAGAGAGGACGCCGAGGGAACAAAUGGGGUAGGAGAGGCUGAGGACGGCGAUCUGAGGGCCAGGCGCAGGAGCAGACGCGCAGAGAGAAAGGCAAGAAAAGCCCAGUCAACCGAGUCAACGGAGUCAACUCCAAGGGGCAUGUCCGAGUGGCGCACGCGCCCGCUCGUCCCGCACGGCGCGUCCCAGUGGCCGCAGAUCCAAUCCCUGGCCGCCACGUCAGCAGGCGCCAGCCUGUCAAUCGACGCGAUUUUUGCCGCCCUAGGCCUCCCGCCACUCGCGGACGGCCAUCCGCAGCUGCCGGUGCGCGUUCGGCAGCACGUGAACCCCUUAAAGACGUCUCUAAUGGCGCCGCCGCCGCCCGUGGACUGGGCGGCAGUGUAUGAGGACCCGUCGCUGCCGCUGGUGGUGGACAUUGGGUCGGCGAGUGGGCGGCUGGUUUUGGCGCUUGCUGUGAGGGACUGGAGAUGGCGCGCGCAGCAACAAGGAAACGAGGGCGAGCAAGGAGAGGAGGGGCAGGAAAAGGAGGAAAGGGAGGAGGGGGGCGGGUCAGAUGCUAAGGCGGCAUCACCACCAUCAUCACCGGUACUUUCGUCAUCACCAGCCACACUACCAUUAGCAUCAGCAACUUCGCCACUGCUACUGUCGCCGUCGUUCCUUCCCGCCCCGCCGCUCAACUUCCUUGGGUUCGAAAUCCGCGACAAGCUCGUGCAGCGCGCCGACACGUGGCGCCGCCAGCUGGCGCUGCGCAACGCGCACUUUGUCGUCGCCAAUGCCACGUCAGCGCUCGAAUCCGUGCUGGCGACUUAUCCGGGACCACUAGUAGCUGUUUCCAUCCUCUGCCCCGACCCGCAUUUUAAGAAUAAGCACCGGAAGCGGCGGGUGGUGCAGCGGGGUUUGGUGGAGGCGAUUGGCCGGGUUUUAGUGCCAGGUGGACAUGUUUUUGUGGAGUCUGACGUGGAAGAGGUGGCUGCUGACAUGUACCGGCAGUUUGCGGGGCAUGGGAGGGGAGGAGGGGAGGGGUAUGCUGGGGAUGAGAGGGGGAGAGGGAAGAGCGAGGGUGGGGGAGGGGAGAGUGAGAGCGAGGGAGAGGAGAGCUCCACAUAUAUCAAAGGUGUGGCAACGGUGAGAUUUGUUCCGAGCGACCUUGUUGCAGCAGGAGGAACGGGUGUGGGGGCGGAAGGAGAGGAAAGUGUGUGGCAGGAGCGGGCAGGUGGGGGGAGCGCAGGGGAGGGGAGCGCAGGGGAGGGGAGCGCAGGGGAAGGGAGCGCAGGAGAGGCAAUAAGGUGGCUGGAUCACAACCCCUUGGGAAUGCCGAGUGAGAGGGAGGUGGUGGUGCUGCUGCAGGGCUCACCCAUGUACCGCGCUCUCUUUAACCCCGCGUCCAUUCAUUCCCCUCGCAUCCCCCUCGUCGAAUCAUCUCGCAACGCGUCGCGCAUCCCUCCCCCAGUAGUGCGCGAUCAGUCUCCGCGGGUGAGUGAGAUCCCAGCUCUGGCCAUGGCUGACUCAAACGAGCCGUACGUGGUGGUGGGAAGCCAGUACUGCCUGCCGGAAGAGUCGGUUCUUAUACUGAAGGAAAAGAUGUGGUCGCUGCGUGAGAAGGCCGAGAUCCGCGACGGUCAGGAACAACUGGUGUUCAGGACCGAGGAAAAGGCAUGGGAUAUCAAGGAGCGCAAGACCAUUUUCAACGCGCAGGAUGAGCCCGUUUGCUCCAUGAUUAGCAAGGUGUUCUCCCUCAGCCACACCACGUACCUCUGCGCUGGCGCCGACGCGGAACCCGACAACGCGUUGCUCACCGCCAAGAGCGUCGUGCUGACCUGGUCACCAAUUCUCAAUGUUUUUCUGAAAGGGAACACGUCAGAUGAUGCACCUGACAUCAUUCUCAAGGGAAAUUUCAUUCAAUACGACUUUACUAUUACCACUUCUAGCGGUCGUCUCUUGGCAACGGUGGACCGUAAGUUACAGGCCAAGGAUAUUUUCUUGGCGACUCAAACAUACGCGGUGCACAUCAAGCCCAAUGUGGACAGGGCUCUUAUUCUGGGCCUUGUUUCCAUUGCUGACAACAUCUUCGUCAACAGAGAAGAUGACAAGUAG